AUGGCAUCUGUCUGUAGGUUUGUCAAUUCUACCUCUCCUAUCACCCAAAAAAUCGCAAGAGCCAUGAUAAAUAAGGCGCUCAAGGGUGAAACUACAGAUUCACUGUGGAAAAAUGCUGCCGCUACAAUGAAAGAUCUGAAAUAUUACUUCAAAUCCACAGAUAAUGGAUGGGUCUUGUGUAACCGUACCAAUCACAAGCCUGUCUCCAACCUUAGAAAUGCUAUCAUUGAAACUCAGCGAUCCAAGAAAAUUAUUAAUAAGUUGGGCCAAUUAGACAAUGACUAUAAUUGGCAUAAUAGCACUCUCUCCUUCUGGAGAAACUCUCUCUUGUCUUAUUAUCAGCAAAGACUCCUCUACUUUAAUCUCCACCACUCAAUUUUACUAGGUAACGACAGUAUUUGUGACAAAUGUAAUGUCAAGGAAGAUUGGACCCACGUAUUCCAAACUUGUCCCAAAUGCAAUCCUGAAAAGGAUGAACUGUAUGCCACAUGGGACGCUAUCUCCCAGAAAUUUAGCCUUAACAAGAUUCGUUUCCCUCCUGAUAUCUCAGAAUCCUCUCAACUUAGGAUAGAAUUUGAUGGUCGUUGCUCCCGUAAUGACUGGCUUAACUGGUCUAAGCGCAAAAGAAUACCUAAGAAUGUGGCCCUAGAAGUCUACAAAGCACUAGCUAUUUAUUUGGAAAAUUGCUACAAGAACUCAGUGUGGUACAACCGUCCCAAUGCAAGCUUCACUAUUAACAGGAAAUACCUCUCUGCCUACCACAGGCAGGCUCAGUCUAACCAACCACUUAGCGUCAACCCAUAA